ACCCUGGAGUUUCUCUAGUCGCUUUCUUUCUCGAUCUCUUUACUCGUUCGUGACUUCCCUAGUGAAGAUUAACUCCUCUGAGCCUCCCUAAGAAGCUGAACACGAAAGAUGGAAAGACAAGGUGACUCGCGUAAAAGACCUCAAACUUUUGAAACUACAGAUUACUCAAAGAUUCAAAGACUUGUGAUCAGUGAACCUACCAGGGGACACACACAUACAGAGGAUAAAAGGAAACUUCAAGAAAGAUGGUAUAAAACUAGCAAUGAAUGGCAGAAGCACUUAGAGCUUCUCCUUGAAGAUCCUCAUCUGAAGAACAUCGGGAAACUUUUCCUGUCCAUAGACGAGAAGUACAGAAUAGGAAAUGGAGCUGACGGCACGCAAGUAUAUGUGGGAAUGAAAGCAGAUGGCACUGAGGUAGCCAUUAAGCAAAUGAUCAAGGCCAAAACCAAAGAACUAAAGAAUGAGAUGUCACUUCUACGAGACAUAAACCUUGAGAGCGGCUACAUAGUCAGAUAUGUAGAUUUCGAAGAAGAAGGAGAGUUUAAUUAUCUCGCUCUCCAGCUCUGCGAAAGUGAUUUGGAUAAAUACAUGGAUCAGCUUCGUCAACAAGGAGAGCAGGACAGAAUGAAGACUUUGAAGAAAUUGGCAAGGGAUGUGCUCCUUGGGUUAGCAGUUCUCCAUGAGGCUAAGGUGCUCCACCGAGAUAUAAAACCCAGCAAUGUUCUCAUAGAUGUGAAAGGAAAUGCGAGGCUGGCGGACUUUGGCAUAAGCCGCAGACUAAACAGAGGUGAAAGCACCAGGUGCACUUCAAGAGCUGGUACUCGAGGUUGGGAAGCGGCAGAGAUACUGGAAAAUGAGGAUAAAGAGAAGUGCAGAUAUAAAAGAAGCUCUGAUAUACAGGUGGCUGGAAUGUUGGUGCAUUAUAUUCUCUCAGAUGGGCAUCAUCCCUUUGGCAGAGGUAAUCGUGUAGAAGUAAACAUAAUGGAUGGGAAGUACUCUCUGCAAAGAAUAACAGACGUGGAAGCAAAAGAUCUGAUUGAGGGGAUGAUUAAAAAAGAACCAGAACAGAGACUGAGGAUUAAAGAUGCCGUAGAUCAUCCUUAUUUCUGGGAUGAUGACAGGAGAGAUACAUUUUUGAACAAAGUUGGAGAUGAGGAAGAUGUCCAGAACAAGCGCAAAAACUUGGGUGUUGAGCUUCACAAUGCUGUGGAUAAAUACACAACCUUUUCUGAUUGGAAAUCUAAGAUUAUCAGAGUUGUGGAACACACAGCAGGGGUACGCCCUCCUGACAAAAGCUUUACAGAUGAUUUACGUGGCCUGAUACGUUAUCUGCGUAACUUACUGGUGCACAAAAGAGACUUUUUUCAUCAGAAUAACAGGUUUAAAGAUAUGUUCCCGGACUUCUUCAUUAGCGCGCACAAGCUGGCGAAGGAGAUGGGUUGGAGAGGUUGAGGAUAUCCAAUGAGAAGAUGCUCUUACCCUGAUUUUUAUGAACUGCCGAUAUUCGAUAUGAAACUCAGUUACAGUCACUCAUUUUAGCCACAAACAAUUCACUGUUUAACAUUUUAAAAUAACAAAACUGAUUUGAAUUGUUUGUUCAUUUAUUUAGUAUUACUUAUUUAAAAGAUGCAUUUAAGCCAGUACAGAAAGCAGGGGUUCCUGAGGAUAAGCUAAAAGAACCGUACCAGAGCCAGUUUAGGUGGACUCUAUCCCAUUACAUCAACAAAAGGACUGUAACACCAACGAAACACUAGAGGGCGCUCAUGAGCGAGUUCUCAAUGAAUGGGCGUUUGGGGAGCUAAAUGACUAAAAAUGAAAAAUGAAACAUGUUUUUUAACUAUUCAGACCUUCCUUUAAUUGUGGAAAGUGGAGGGAUUUACUUCAUUUAAAAAAAUCAAAGCAAACCUAUCAGUAUAUUUCACUUUUCUACAGCAAACAGGUUUUGUGCAGUAGGACACUAGCAUUACUGCUACUGAGUGCUGAUUGACUAACAGGCUGAUCAGCUCAUUGGCUGAACAAAGCAGUUUGCUCUCUCACUGAUGUCAUGAACAUACCUGAGGGACUGUGUCCUAUAACUGCAGUCCUAUAACCUAUAACUUAUACUCCAUAUAAACCCAUUCAUUUAGGACUCGCUUGGGAGCCCCUCUAGCACCUGACACACCUGGAAGACCUUAUUAAGUGGCAGUUCUAAUCACUACAUUCUCACAAUGAGGGAAACACAAAAGCAAAACUGCACUGAACUUCCUAAAUACCAAGUGUUUAGGGACUUCAGGCAUUUCUUUGGGCAUGGCUGUAAAUGAAUUUGAUUGGCUUAAAUUCACGCAUAUGCAGUGUCAUUCUCCUCUCUCUGUGUGGACAAGUAUUUUGAUGUCGAUUGAUUUUCAUACUUUUUUAUUACUGAGGGUUACAAUAUCCAUUUCUAAAUCAGAUUAAAACACUAUGUCAUAUGUACAUUUAUGUCUCUCUGAUUUGCUGGAUGAGAAUAUGAAGCAUCUUUUCUCCUUUCUUUUUUCUAUUGCAUGAAACUUAGUGUAAACUGUUUUGUAGAAAACUGUGUUUUUUGUUAAUCAGUGAUACAGCUGGUGUGUAAUAUGCUACACUCCCAGAAAUUAAGGGUCUAAACUGUCACUGAGAUAGCUGCAGUACCCUUCCUGCCACUGGGGUGGGACCCUCAAGGGUAAAUGUCAUUACCUUUAGUCAGGGAACAUAUUUGUACCAUAAUCCAUUGAAAUUAUAUUGUAUAAGCUGUAUUUACUCUACAAAUGUUAUCUCGUCACCAGGCUUUUUAUUUUAUUGUUCUGUUUUAAAACAUCAGGUUAUGAAAAGAUGCCAAUGCGUAGUUUUCACCUGGGGAAAAAAAACUUUUUUAAGGUUCACAGUUUGAAAGGGAACAUUUACAUUGUUUGUACUUUGAUAAAUAAAAUAAAUUACCUGAAUAGACCCUUUACUCUU